AUGUCCUCUUCGGCAAUGUAUGCUGGCAAUCGAAGCCAACAGACUUGGUCGAAUCCACAUCAGUUACGGAAGCAAAGAUCCUUCGUUGAGAGUACACACAAUAAUAGUGAAAGUAAUCGUAGUAGUGCACGUGGAAGGAGUGCUAAUCGAAGUGGUUCGGUUAUAUUGGCCAGAUUGCCAUCGGAGAGAAAUAAGUUUUUGUAUUUGCAAAAACAACGUUCGGUAGUUGAUCAAGUGUGUGCGGGUAUUCGUGGCCGAAGUGAACAAAGAUCUAAAAAAUAUACCUAUUCCGGGACCGGAGAUAAAGGAAGUUGGAGUAGUCUCGUUGCGGGAAAAGAUGCAGGUGUCCACGGAGCACCUAAAUUAGCCUGGACCAAUAAUACGUUCGAUUGUGAUAGAUUAAUUGAGUCGGGGACAUUUUUAAGUAACAACUUUAAAAAAGAUGUUACUUCUAGUCAACAUUUGAUAAGCGACCGAAAUAAGAAGUCAACAUCAAGUGGUUUAUCAAAAUCGGAGAAUAAAAUCAAUCUUAGUAUUAAUCUAACGCAGACAAUAAAAUCAGUCGAUAAUGACUCUUUUAACAGUGAUAUUGAUAGUUCAUCCGAGUGUACUGAUUAUUUGAAAACAACACCACAUCAUUCUGAUAACAAAAAACCUUCAGUUGAUAACAAUAAAAGCACUGUACAGUCUGAAUGCCGAAUAACUUCUGCUGCUCAACGUCGAGCUCAGUUCCAAUCGACAAAAGGCGAUCAAUUUUGUACAUCUAAUUCUAUUCAAACAGUUCCUUCUCCAAAUACCGUUACUUUAAGUGCAUCUCCAUCCUUGACAAUUCAAAAAAGACCACCACUAGUACGUGCUAUGUCAGCACCAGUACGAUCAAUUGCUGACUCAACAAAGAACUUGCUUGCAAAUACAAAACGAAAAACACGUCGCCGAAGGAUAUUACCAAGAAAUUCAAGUUGUGAUAAAGAAGAAGGAGAAACAAUCGCAGAGGUCUCAACUAUUGGACAAACUGGUAAAAAGCUCUUUUCUCGCUCAAGAUCAACGAUAGCAUCGGAUGUUAUAACUUUGGUCUCACUUGCUAGUUCUGAAGGUAGUGAAUCAGAGAAAGAAGAUAGUGGUUCAACGGAUGAGUGCCAAACGGCAAGAGCGCCAUCUUUGAGAAAAACUGGAAAGUCAGUUUCAUUUCAAGAAAAUGAGCAACCAACUUUUCAAAUGGCCGUUAAAGAAUUUCCUCAUAUGCUACGAAGAGGAUCAAUUGCACCGUUAGCCGCAAGACUUAGAGCAAAUCGGCCACCUACAGCGCCACCUGGUUCAAUAUUCCGCAGUGAUUUCGAAAAUUGUACCAUCAAAAUGUCACAACUAACAAAAGCCACAAACAAGGAUGACCUAUCAAACGCAGAGGAUAGAAAGGAAAACAAUAUUUUCAAUAACAAUGGACCUUCUUCAGCUCCAGAAUCCCCUGUUGACUUUGAAUUUCCUGAUCAUGUUCGAUCAACCAAAGAACGUGAAUGUUGGAAGUUAUUUCAAAAAAUGUCUAAAAAGGGAGUCAGUGUUAAAUAUGAUACCAUACUUCGUGGUAUGUUGACUCCAACUGAAUUUCGACAGUUACAAAAACAAAGAGAUAUAGAAAAUGCCAAGCAUCAAGAAACUGAAGAGAAUAACGAAUCAACAACAACAACUGCCAUUCAUGCUGAGAAUAAGAUUCUGAACAAAAAUAUUAUAAAUUAAAUUUUAUUCUUAUCUCUGUUUGAAAUUGAAAAAAUAAUUGGCUUAUUCUU